AUGGUAAAAAGAGAGAAUGAGUUUGACUCCUGGUUGAAUGUUGUGUCCUUGGGAAAGGAUAUUGAAGUAGUGAUUCUUGAAAUUAUGGAUGGCCUGUCACAGACAAAGGUCUUAGACGUCGAUGAUGUCAUGGACCUUACUUCCCUCCUAGCCAUGGGUGCUGCUGAACCAGAGAAGCUCUCCAAGAAUUUGACACUGCUUAUUGCAAGAGGUCUAGAACUAUCAGCAGAGGCCCUGAGGAUGAUAGUGGAGAACAACACGAACGAUGACAUCCCAGUAAAAGAUAUCAAUGCAGUGUCUGCCAACAUCUUCACAGGGUUUACAAUCCUCUUGGAGGCUACUGCCACCUCAGCUUGGACUGCUGAGUCCAAUUUGCAAGAAGAAGAGGCAAUAGAAGCUAACAAUGGAACAGCCAGUGCUGCCUUCAAGGGAAUCAGCCACAUAUUUCACAUGUACUACACCCUGCCGCCAGACAAUGGGACUGCCACACUGGAGAUGUCAGUGUUGCAUGCCAAGCUCCAUAAGGAAGUUUGUGAAAUUGCCCAGAAAAAGGUGUUCACAGUCAACGACACCUCUUCUAUAGUCCCAGCAUUUGUUGCCCAGAAAAAGGUGUUCACAGUCAACGACACCUUGUUUGUGGUUCCAGCGUUCAACACACUCCUCGCCAAUGGUUGUGAGGAGGCAGAUAGCUUUGGAGUUGGGAUAAUCAACUCCGACUUCAAUCCGUUCCGGUACUCGGAAAACUCCCCUGAUGUGGGGUCGGAGGUGGUGGGCCUUACCGUGUGGAGGGGACAAGACAGACAGCCGGUGCACCACCUCCCCAAACCUGUGGACAUGAUCAUUCCCAGGGACAAACAACACACAACAAGCAGUGUGUACAAGCACACAGGAUGGAUCAGAAGCUGGGACGACAUUGCUGUUGUCCCCUUCCGCCCCCAGAGAGCCAGGACUGCUCUCACCAUCCUACUGGACAUCACCAGCACCAGCCACCCAGACCUGGACAUGCCACACAUGCAGCUGGUGUGGCAGAAGGCGUCGGCACCAACUGCAGACAGCUUCAAAGCUGCUGACUGGACGACUGUGCUGCCUGUGCCACAGGCCCAGCUGUAUACACUACAGCUGCUGCACACAUACAACAAUACAAACCUGACGUCCCACCCGUACUCAUGGCUUCUGCCUUUGGAAGCUUUGAAUGUUUCAGAGUGGGACAUACAAAACAAUACGACUUUCUACUUGGAAAAAGGGAAAUUUGCUAGCCCAAUGCAUUAUGUAUUUUCUACAGGUGUGAAAUAUGCAGCAGAAGACACCAGUGUUCCUGUCAAGACCACGUUCACAGUGUCUGUAUUGGAAACUGCAUGUGUCUACUUUGGAGAAAACUCCUCCCACCUUUGGGAAGGUGACGGGUGCAAGGUGGGCCCACUGUCCAACACCACCCACCUCCACUGCCGCUGUGACCACCUGACCAAGUUUGCAGGGUUCGUCCCUCCCAAUCCAAUCAACUUUGACGUAGCGCUGAGCGCAAACAUUACCGAGAACCCGAUGGGGCUCAUCGCUGUCCUGUCCGUGUUCGGUCUGUUCCUGCUAGGAUGUCUGAUGGCAAGAAAGGCCGACAGAAUGGACCUCAUAAAGGUGGGUGUGACCACACCGCCUGGGCACAAGUUGAGCCCUAACCCUGACUACCAUUACAUAGUCACUGUCUACACAGGCUUUGGCUUGGAUGCCAGCACCACUUCACAGGUUUCGCUCACGGUGUUUGGCCUCCAAAACGAGAGCGAGCCUUUCACCCUGCGUGACGACCGACGGCUGCUUUUUGGAGGGGGCAGCAUGGAUUCUUUCCUCGUGUCCUCUGAAGAGUGGCUCGGACCGCUCACACACGUCCACGUCUGGCACAACAACACCGGCCCCAGCGCUGGAUGGUACCUGAGUAAGGUGGUGAUCCAACAUGUACGUUCAGGAAGGGUGGACUACUUCAUCUGCAACAAGUGGCUCGCUCUGGAUGAAGAUGACGGCAGAAUCGACCGCAUGGUCUUUGUAGCCUCCCCAGAGGAGAUGGCAGACCGGUCCAACCUGAUCAGUGAAAGAGUCACAAAAGACUUCCAUGACGACCACCUGCUCUACUCCGUGGUUGGCCGCCCCGCCCGCAGCCCCUUCACGCGUGCCCAGCGCCUGGCGUGCUGCAUGUCCACCGUUUACUCCGCCAUGCUCGCCAACAUCAUGUUCUUUGGGCAGGGAGACAAAUUCGACCCCCCAGAGCCCAUCCGGAUCAUGGGAGUGGAAAUAGAGCCUCCGAUCUCCCUACCAGAGAUCAUGAUUGCCAUAGAGAGUGCGGUCAUCGUCUUUCCCAUCAACGCCCUGAUUGUACUGCUCUACAGGAACGCUGCUCCCAAACCAAGCAGCGCACCAGCAAGAAGACUUGCUGAUACAAAAGAUGCCAAGCCCCAGGACACUGGAAAGGGAAGAGGAUGCCAUCUGCCUUGGUGGACAUCAACAGUUGCCGGACUGCUGGCAUUUGCCGUCAGCUUUGUUGCAGCGUUCUUCACGGUCCUGUACACCCUUAGCUUCGGCCGUGACAAGGCGGAGGCGUGGUUAACCACCUUCCUCGCAUCAUUUAUAACAGACAUGAUCCUGAUCCAGCCAGUCAAGGUGCUGGUUGCAGCUGUCGUCCUCGGGCUACUCAUCCGGAAACCUACAACAGAGGACGACCCGCCUCCUACAGAACCUACAGGUGAUGAAGAGUACCUGCAGAUUGUGGCUGAACAGCCUGCUGCUGAAGUGUCAGCUACCGGAGGCCCCCUCCAUGGUGAUGACCUUGCCAGAGACAGAGCUCACCGCAUCAGGAGGAAGAUGUGGCGUCGUACGCUCCAGGAGAUCGUGAUUUACGGCACGUUCCUGUCCGUCCUGAUGGUGAUGUCCUACACCGAGAGGAGCAACUUGGCCUUCCACAUGGACAACUCUGUCAGGAGAGCUCUGGAAGGUGGUGACUCAUUCUCAAAGAUAUCUGAUCCUGCGUCCUACUGGACGUGGCUGGAGCAGGACGUCCUGCCUGCUGUCCACAGUCCAGCCUGGUACAACGGGAGGUCAUGUGAGGACAGCCUGACUCUACCCGAGCACCUAACCCACGUCAUGUCCCCCUUACAACUACGACAAGUCCGCAUUGGCCAAGAGGAAGACUGCACCAUUCCUGAUGCCAUGACUCCCGUCGUGGUCGGUUGUCUGGACGAGUACUCCACAGGUGAAAUGGACACAGGCAGCUACAGCGGCAGCUGGGGAGUGGCAACUAACAACACUGAUCAUGACAGGAGCACUAUCCCGUCCCCGUGGCACUACACAUAUGGGGAUAUCAAUAACGGUUUCCUGUAUGUUGGGGAGCAUGGCGUGUACUCGGGAGGGGGUUACACAGCCACCCUCAACAACACACUCAGCGCCAGCCUUCAGACCCUGGAACAUCUUCGCUCCAACAACUGGCUGGACAACCGGACCCGAGCCGUCUUCAUGGAGACAGUUCUGUACAACCCUCACGCCAACCUCUUCGCUGUGGUUACCAUGACAACGGAGUUCAGCAUCACCGGGCAUGUCUCCAUGGCAACAGAGCUGGUGACCUUCAGGAUCCACCACGAUGGGCAGGUCCUGCUGCUGGUUCUACGGAUGGUCCUGAUGAUCCUCCUGCUCUUCAGCCUGGUCAGGGGAGUCCUGAGGUUCAACACAUACGUGAUUGCCUACCUGACAGACCCCUGGAGCUGGCUGGAGAUACUCACCAUCACCACAGGCAUGGCCACCAUGGGGCUGUACUUCCGCGCCCAGAGCACGGCAGACGAGGUCUCCGUACAGGAGGGCCGAGCCGUGUUCCAACUGUACCGAAGCGCCGCCAUGUGGUACCAGGUGUACACGUACCUGCUGGGCACGCUCACCUGCUGCACCUUGGUCAAGUUCAUCCGCCUUCUCAAGUUCAACAAGCACGUCAACGCACUGCUGUACACCAUGAAGAAGACGGCAAGGCCUCUCAUCAACUUCUUUGUCAUGUCAGGCAUCGUCUUCACGGCAUUCGCACUAGCAUGCACUAUGCAGUUCAUCCUCCUGUCCAUGUUCAUGACCAUCAUCAUGGAUGUGUACAUGGAAGUGAAGGGCGACAACCCCGAGGAUGUAGGCAUGAUGGGUUUCCUGUGGGAGGAGGCGUGUGGGGUCGCACACAAGAUCAAGGUCAAAUCAAACAGGCCUAAAACGCAGCCGCCAGCAGAUAGGGAACGUCAGUUCACUCAGCUGGACCAGAUGCAUGAGCUGUUAGAAGAGCUGGACAGAAAGGAGAAAAGUAGAGAAAAGGAAGAGAAAAGAAGAGAAAAGAAAGAGAAAAGAAGAGAGGAAGAAGAGAAACGUAUAGAGAAGAGAAAUAGAGAAGAGAGGAACAGAAUGCUGCGGUACUCCGAGAGCCCUAGCUUGUGGUUUGUGUGA